AUGGAUUUCUCAUUCCAUUCGCAACAUUUCGACAGGGUGCAGAUUUCAGGCCCAGGAGAUUCGAAACCUGGUCACCUGUCGCAACCAGAAGCACCAUCUCAGUUCAGUGUAUCUGACUGGGCGAGAUGGAGAUCCCAGCUAACUCCCAUGCCUCCUCGCCAGUAUGAAGAUUACAGCUUUCCUCGUGUUGCUGAUGGUGAGCCAUACGGCUUGGGUCCGUUGCCUCAGGAGCUCCUCGGAGGUCCAAACGGAUAUAUUGAUCUCUACCGCUCGCAUGUCACCCCCACCAUGGCUGGCACACCAUCAGAGGUAUUGGGUCCCCAAGCUGGAGAGGGUCACUCAGAUUGGUCACUUUUGCAAUCCUCCCCUGCCUUCAAAGACCAGUCAUACAACUAUCAUCAGUUAGAGCCUCUUCUGCCACCUCCAGACUCCCCACCAUCGCCACUUUCUGAGGUCUCCUCCUACCACUCUCCGCAUUCGCUCGCUGCUUCAAGUCCAGGAAUGACGGCUCAGACAGCAGACCGUCUCUCGCCCCGUUCAAGCACUGGUGACAAUAACCAGGAGCGUCACAGUCACCCUCCCUAUUCAGUUCUCAUCUACCAGGCCUUGAAGGAAGCCCCCGGAAACAAGCUUCAACUUCAAAGUAUUUACUCCUGGUUCGAAGCGAAUACAGACAAGGGAGGGGACCCGAACGCGAAGGGAUGGCAAAAUAGUAUUCGCCAUAAUCUCUCGAUGAACGCGGGAUUCGAAGCAGUGAAGGAAGAAGUUGGCCCUGGCAAACGAGCAGUGAACUUCUGGAGGCUGACGCCGGAAGCCAUCCGCAGCGGUGGCAUUCAAUCAACGACCCGCUACCGCAAGCUUCAACACCAAAAGAAAGGAAUGAACUCAGGUCAUCGCGGGGCCACACGUCAGCAGCUGGAGUUCAAGGGUCUCCACGCCACGAAGGUCAUCAAAUCACGCAGUGCGAACAGUCCACAUGACGAGCGCGCCGAAGCAUAUCAUCAGCGGCAAAAGAUAAACACGAACCAUAGUCUCGGACAUGAACAAAGAUACAUGGAGCACCCCAUAGGCCCUGUUGUCGGGUGCAGCCCGAUGAUACCAGGCAACAAUACGGUCUUCAUUGAUACCAUGGAAUCAGGACCAGCAUUUGACGUGGGCUAUAACCAUGAUUGGUACAGGGCCCACGACCCACUCGAGGGUCCCGGUCGAUCAUCAGCAUAA